CUUGCUACUGUCACCAAACCAUUUGGUGGUGACAAGAAUGGUGGUACCUGGGUGGUUAAGCUUCGAAAAUGCCCCGGUAUUACCCUACUGAAGAUGUUCCCUGGAAGGUGCUGAGCCAUGACAAAAAGCCCUUCAGUCAGCAUGUGAGAAAGCUUCGUGCCAGCAUCGCUCCCAGGACAGUCCUGAUCAUCCUCACCGGGCGCCACAGAGGCAAGAGCAUGAUGGUUUUCCUGAAGCAGCUGGGCAGCGGCUUGCUACUUGUGAUGGGACCUCUUGCACACAACAGAGUUCCUCUGCGAAGAACACACCAGAAAUUUGUCAUCGCGAUCUCUACAAAAGUUGAUAUCAGCAAAGUUAAUAUCCCCAAACACCUGACUGAUGCUUACUUCAAGAAGAAACAGUUGUGUAAGCCCAGGCACCAGGAGGGUGAGAUCUUCAACACUGAGAAGGAGAAAUACGAGAUUACAGAGCAGUGCAAGGCCGAUCAGAAAACCGUGGACUAG